AUGGCACAUGCAGAGCGUGGUGAAACUUUCGAUGAUGUUUGGAAACAAAUAUCAAACGGUCUUGAACAAGUAUUUAAACUUCAAAAUAUAUCACCUGAAGAAUACAUGAGACUUCAUGCUGUUAUUUAUAACUAUUGCAUCAAUGGUGAUCCGAAGGAAAUUCCGCGACAAAUAUCAAGAAAGGCAACAGCAGAGCCAUAUAGUCAUCAUCAACGAAUUAAUAUAAAUGAAAGCAAUACUACUAUUGGUGGUGACUUGUACUUUCGUAUAAAAGAUUAUUUAGAAGUUCACUUGGAAGGAAUUUUUCAACAAGGAGUCGAUUUACAAGGAGAGUCUCUACUUCGUUUUUAUGUUGAUAACUGGAAACAAUAUCGAUUUUCCAGUAAAACAACAAAUGGCUUUUGUCAUAAUCUAAAUCGGCAUUGGGUACGUCCUGAAUAUAACUCAGGAAGGAAAGAUGUAUAUGAAGUCUAUGCUAUGGCACUUGACAUAUGGCAGUCAGUCUUUUCCCAACGAUUGCAUCAACAAGUAACAUCGGCAUGUCUUCAAUUAAUUAAAUCUCAACGUCAAAAUGACAGCAUAGAUAUAGAUACACGGUUAAUUCGUGGAGCUAUAGAAAGUUAUGUCGAACUUGGCUUAAUCAACAGUGAAUUUGUUCCAGAUAAUAAUAAACGAAUAGCGCCACGAAGUUUGGCUAUUUAUAAAGAAUAUUUUGAAGUGCCAUUUCUUGAAGAAACGGAAACAUAUUAUCGUCUUAAAGCAGCUGAUAUUGUUCGUUAUUCUGGAACUGAAUAUUUAAACAAGAUAGCUCAAUUGUUUGAUGAAGAAGUGCAUCGAGCACAAUCAUAUCUACAUUCAUCAACAGUAGAAGUAUUAGAGAGCAAAAUCGAAAAAAUAUUUUUGAUGGAUGCAGUUCGUACUUUAGCGAAAUCACUUGUAAGCGACGAAAAUAUUACAGAGUUGGCAGUACUCUCUAGAUUACUUAGUCGAGCACCAAAUGCAAAAGCUGUAUUAAGAAAGAUUCUUGAAGAACACAUUCAUAAAAAAGGUAUAGAUGCUAUUGCACGAGUCAGUAGCACUGCAAUUAAUGAUCCGUUGCUUUAUGUUGAAACCAUUGCUGAAGUUUAUACCAAAUUAUACAAAUUUGUACAAGAAGCUUUUAAUAGUGGGCAAGGGUUUACGCUAGCUUUUGAUAACACUUUUCGUGAAUUUGUUAAUAAUAAUGCAGUAACAAGAGCUGCUGGCAAUACUUCUAAGUCGUCUGAAUUAUUAGCUCAAUAUUGUAAUACACUUUUACAAAAAGGAAAGAAAAAAAUAACCGAUGAAGACUUCGAAGAGCAAUCUGAUCGAAUUAUGGUUGUUUUUGCUUAUGUGGCAGAUAAAGAUGUUUUUGCAAAACUUUAUCGGAACAUGUUAGCAAAGCGCUUAUUAUUUCAACUAAGUGCAUCCGAUGAUUCUGAAGAAUUAAUGAUUAGGAAAUUAACAGAAGCAAAUGGUUCAAUGUAUACGGGUGAAUUACGAACCAUGUUUCAAGAUUGUGUUCUCAGUAAAACCUUAAGUGAGGGUUAUCGAACAAAUUGUGAAAGCAAUAAAUUUCAUGAUAAUGUUGAUUUUUCAGUAAUGGUUCUCAAUUCAAAUGCAUGGCCAGUUUCUGCGCCACCAAACAUUAUUCUACCAGAUGAACUAAAAAUAAAAUAUGAUAUGUUCACUAAGUUUUACAUUGAACAACAUAAGAAUCAUAAAUUGACAUGGCUACAUCAAUAUUCACAUGGAGAUUUGCAAAUAUUGUAUACUAAACCAAAAUACAUUUUACAUGUAUCAACAUAUCAAAUGGCAGUUUUACUUUUAUUUAAUAAACUUGACUGUUGGACAGUUGAACGAAUACAAGAAAAAACACUAAUUGAAACUAAUUUAUUAUUGCAAGUUCUUGAUAGUUUACUUAAAAAAAAAUUGAUCAAAUGCCCAGAAAUCAUUACGGAUGGACCUGAAGAUAACUUCAAAGAAACUGAUAUUAAAACGGAUUAUCAUAUUCAAAUCGAUAAAGAUUUUAAAAGUGAAAAGCUGCGAGUAAAUUUGAAUCUGCCAUUAAAAGCGUUGAAACAAAGUCAACUCGAAAGUUUAACUCACAAUCUAGAUAGAGAUCGAGAAAUGGCUAUUCAGGCUGCAAUUAUUCGUAUAAUGAAAACUCGAACAAAGUUGAAUCACGCAUCUCUAAUGCAAGAAGUUAUUCAACAACUAAGUUCACUUUUUCAACCGGAAAUACCUUUGAUUAAAAAAUGUAUUCGUACAUUAAUUGAAAAAGAAUAUCUUGAACUUAAAGCAGACGACAAAGAUGUGCUGUGUUAUUUGGCUUAA